CUAUGCCAGUGUUGAAUUACGUGAGGGUUAUUUGAUCGGUGAUACGUUUCGUUGUUAAUGUUUAGGCUGUUAUAAAUGUACAGAUGUAGGUGAACGCACGUGGUAUUCCGGCAACUGAGAAAAAAACGACUUUGUGCCUGUUGAUCACAAACGCACGUCUCCUCUCAAGCCCCGUUUCCAUUGACACUUUGAAGUCAACCCGGUUUGGGUGGGCUGGGGGCCCUUGGUGGGCUGCCUCCAGAAUAAUGUAAUGUUGCUAGGUAGCCAAUAUGUGACUACAGCUGGCUUCGCUAACUAACUUGGUACAUCACAUGUGCUGAGUACACCCAUUUCUAUGGAGGGAAAAGAUCAGAAAUUCCAAAGUCAAAUUUUCGACGUCUUCCAUUUGACCAUUGCAGCUUGUCUCUGCAGCCGUUUGAAUAUCCCAUGUGCACUCCCGAGGGAAUCGUCUUUGACCUGCUGAGCAUCGUUCCUUGGAUAAAGAAGUUUGGCACCAAUCCCAUCUCUGGAGAGAAACUGGAAGCGAAGUCCCUCAUCAAGCUAAACUUCGCCAAGAACAACGAUGGUAAAUACCACUGUCCCGUCCUGUACACAGUCUUCACAAACAACUCCCAUAUCGUCACCAACAAGCUCACUGGCAAUGUGUUCUCUCACGAGGCUGUGGAACAGCUCAACGUCAAGACGAAGAGUUACAGAGACCUGCUCUCUGAUGAACCUUUCACCAGACAGGACAUCAUCACCCUGCAGGAUCCAACCAACCUGGAUAAGUUCAAUGUCUCGGACUUCUUCCACGUCAAGAACAACCUCAAAGUACUGGACCCUGAUGAGGAGAAGGCUAAGCUGGACCCUGGUUACCACCUGAACAGUACGAACAUGGAGACCAGAGAGACCCUGGCUGAGCUCUAUAAGGAUUAUAAAGGAGACGCUCUACUGGCCUCCACCAUGAAGGAACCACAGGCCAAGAAGACAGACAAACUUAACGCGGCUCAUUACUCUACUGGCAGAGUGUCUGCUUCCUUCACCUCCACAGCCAUGACCCCUGCUACCGAACACACUGCGGAUGCCAUCUCAGACGACACGGUGCGUUAUUCCUAUGUGAAGAAGAAAGGCUAUGUUCGGCUCCACACCAACAAGGGAGACAUCAACCUGGAGCUGUACUGUGACAAGGUUCCUAAAGCAGGAGAGAACUUCACCAAGCUGUGUAAGAAGGGUUACUAUGACGGAACUGUCUUCCACAGAUCUAUCAGGAACUUCAUGAUCCAAGGAGGAGACCCAACUGGGACUGGUUUAGGAGGAGAGUCAUUCUGGGGUAAGCCCUUCAAAGAUGAGUUCCGUCCCAACCUGUCCCACACCGGACGAGGGGUUCUCAGCAUGGCCAACUCAGGACCCAACACCAACAAGUCCCAGUUCUUCAUCACCUUCCGGUCAUGUCCCUACCUGGACAGGAAACAUACCGUGUUUGGAAGGGUGGUGGGAGGCUUCGAGGCUCUGACAGCCAUGGAGAACAUAGAGGCUGAUCCUAAAACCGAUAAACCCAAGUCUGAGAUCAAGCUGCUGAGUGCCACUGUGUUCGUGGACCCGUAUGAAGAGGCAGAUGCCCAGAUUGCAGCGGAGCGUCAGAAGGAGUUGGAGAAGCAGGAGGAGGAUCGAGCUCAGACCAGUUUGUCUCAGAGGAAGACUAAAGCAGAUCAGGCUCCCAAGACCUUCAAGGCUGGCAUAGGGAAAUACAUCAACCCUGUGACCUCUACCACCACGAAACGUCCAGCAGUAGAGGACAGCGGACCGUCCACCAGCGGAGCCAAGAAGGCCAAAGGAAAGACUGGCUUUGGAGACUUCAGCUCCUGGUAACUCCGUGGACACGCAGCCCCGUGGACACGCAGCCCCGUGGACACGCAGCCCCGUGGACACGCAGCCCCGUGGACGCCUUCUGUGUCCCACCACUACUUUAGACCAGAGCCCUAUGGCACCCUAUUCCCUAUAUAGUGAGUGCUCUACUUUAGACCAAAGCCUAUGGCACCCUGUUCCCUAUAUAGUGCACUACUUUAGACCAGAGCCUAUGGCACCCUGUUCCCUAUAUAGUGCACUACUUUAGACCAGAGCCUAUGGCACCCUUUUCCAGAAAUAGUGCACUACUUUUGACUAGGGUCCAUAGGACACUAUGUAGUUAUGGUCAAAUAUAUAGGAACCAGGCUUUGGUCAAAAGUUGUGGUCUAUGUAGGGAAUAGACUUCCAUUCUGGAUGUACCCCCUGAUACCCUGGUAUAUUACCCCCCUGCCACUACCAGUCACCCCCUGAUACCCUAUUACCCCCUGCUACUACCAGUUACCCCCUGCUACUACCAGUCACCCCCUGAUAACCUAUUACCCUCCCUGCUACUACCAGUCACCCCCUGAUACCCUAUUACCCCCUGCCACUACCAGUCACCUCAUGAUACCCUGGUAUAUUACCCCCCUGCUACUACCAGUCACCCCUGAUACCCUGGUAUAUUACCCCCCUGCCACUACCAGUCACCCCCUGAUACCCUAUUACCCUCCCUGCUACUACCAGUUACCCCCUGCCACUACCAGUCACCCCCUGAUACCCUAUUACCCCCUGCUACUACCAGUUACCCCCUGCUACUACCAGUCACCCCUGAUACCCUAUUACCCCCUGCUACUACCAGUCACCCCCUGAUACCCUAUUACCCCCUGCUACUACCAGUCACCCCCUGAUACCUUAUUACCCCCUGCUACUACCAGUUACCCCUGCUACUACCAGUCACCCCCUGCUACUACCAGUCACCCCCUGAUACCCUGGUAUAUUACCCCCUGCUACUACCACUCACCCCCUGAUACCCUAUUACCCCCUGCUACUACCAGUCACCCCCUGAUACCCUAUUACCCCCCUGCUACUACCAGUCACCCCCUGAUACCCUAUUACCCCCUGCUACUUCCAGUUACCCCCUGCUACUACCAGUCACCCCCUGAUACCCUAUUACCCCCUGAUACCCUAUUACCCCCUGAUACCCUAUUACCCCCUGCUACUACCAGUUACCCCCUGCUACUACCAGUUACCCCCUGAUACCCUAUUACCCCCUGCUACUACCAGUCACCCCCUGAUACCCUAUUACCCCCUGCUACUACCAGUUACCCCCUGCUACUACCAGUUACCCCCUGAUACCCUAUUACCCCCUGCUACUACCAGUUACCCCCUGAUACCCUAUUACCCCCUGCUACUACCAGUUACCCCCUGAUACCCUAUUACCCCCUGCUACUACCAGUCACCCCCUGAUACCCUAUUACCCCCUGCUACUACCAGUUACCCCCUGAUACCCUAUUACCCCCUGCUACUACCAGUUACCCCCUGAUACCCUAUUACCCCCUGCUACUACCAGUCACCCCCUGAUACCCUAUUACCCCCUGCUACUACCAGUCACCCCCUGAUACCCUAUUACCCCCUGCUACUACCAGUUACCCCCUGAUACCCUAUUACCCCCUGCUACUACCAGUUACCCCCUGAUACCCUAUUACCCCCCUGCUACUACCAGUCACCCCCUGAUACCCUAUUACCCCCUGCUACUACCAGUCACCCCCUGAUACCCUAUUACCCCCUGCUACUACCAGUCACCCCCUGAUACCCUAUUACCCCCUGCUACUACCAGUCACCCCCUGAUACCCUAUUACCCCCUGCUACUACCAGUCACCCCCUGAUACCCUAUUACCCCCUGCUAUUACCAGUCACCCCCGAUACCCUAUUACCCCCUGCUACUACCAGUCACCCCCUGAUACCCUAUUACCCCCUGCUACUACCAGUCACCCCCUGAUACCCUAUUACCCCCUGCUACUACCAGUCACCCCCUGAUACCCUAUUACCCCCUGCUACUACCAGUCACCCCCUGAUACCCUAUUACCCCCUGCUACUACCAGUCACCCCCGAUACCCUAUUACCCCCUGCUACUACCAGUUACCCCCUGAUACCCUAUUACCCCCUGCUACUACCAGUCACCCCCUGAUACCCUAUUACCCCCUGCUACUACCAGUCACCCCCUGAUACCCUAUUACCCCCUGCUACUACCAGUCACCCCCUGAUACCCUAUUACCCCCUGCUACUACCAGUCACCCCCUGAUACCCUAUUACCCCCUGCUACUACCAGUCACCCCCUGAUACCCUAUUACCCCCUGCUACUACCAGUCACCCCCUGAUACCCUAUUACCCCCUGCUAUUACCAGUCACCCCCGAUACCCUAUUACCCCCUGCUACUACCAGUCACCCCCUGAUACCCUAUUACCCCCUGCUACUACCAGUCACCCCCUGAUACCCUAUUACCCCCUGCUACUACCAGUCACCCCCUGAUACCCUAUUACCCCCUGCUACUACCAGUCACCCCCUGAUACCCUAUUACCCCCUGCUACUACCAGUCACCCCCGAUACCCUAUUACCCCCUGCUACUACCAGUUACCCCCUGAUACCCUAUUACCCCCUGCUACUACCAGUCACCCCCUGCCAUUCGCCUCAUGGACAUUUUAUUUUUAUUUUCUGAGUCAUGUGAAUUAUAUAGAAUGUUGUCUUUCUAAUGAUGCAUUUAUUUUAUUUUUUAUUUGUGUUUUAAUAAAUUCAAGUUUUUCCAGUAUUUUUAUUAACGCUUCACAAUUUGCACAUUUUCAUAUCUCUCAUUGGUUUCUUGUGAGGCCGAGCCCUGCUGUGUUUCAAAUGGCACCCUAUCCCCUAUAUAGUGCACUACUUUAGAUAGGGCACUAUGGCACCCAGCAGGCCCGUAGGGCAGGGGUCAGCAAAAGUGUGUAUAUAUAUAUAUAUAUAUCAUUCAUUCAUUCAUUCAUUCAUUGCUGGAUAGAAAAACAUCAAGAAAGACUAAGAUGGAAAAGUGUUUAAUUUCAGAAAUCUGAUUCCCACAAAUAAAAUGUAAUGAUGUGUGAUCGUGUGUCAAUCAAAUAAAGGUGUGACAUUAUUAGAAAA